AUGGAAGACCAGGAAUCACAACGCCUAGUAAACACUACAUACUUUGUCACUCCUAAGGAUUUACAACAUCCCGUUAGAUAUGUCUACCCACCAUCAGAAGCAUCACACCUAUAUUUUGCACUUGCGAUUGAAGGAUAUCAUUAUCUAGGAAUCCAGAUAUCCGUAGUUCCAUUCUCAUUAAAUGAGUUCCCAGGCCAAAUCUUCCACUGUGCCUAUGGAAGCUUUGCACGUUGCUGUCUUAAGAUACAGUAUGAACCUGUUCACUCUUCUGUUUAUGAAGUAACAGAAACUAUCUAUAAGACUCUGAUUCCAUGGCACAAUUGGGAUCUGCGAACACCUGGUAUCUGGUACGUGAAAGAGCUUCCACCCAUGUCUUGUGCAGAAUCAGGACUAGACUCAUGUGAAGCCCGAACACGUGUCCACCUAGAGCAUUAUAUGGUAUUAUCCCCAGGAUCUGGGAGUUCAACGCCAUCGCAAAUGUCUGAUGAAAUCUCAUUGAGUGGUAUAUCAUUUGGCUUUGAUAUGACUAAGCAACAUAAAAUGCCGCGGAGAGAAAGAAGGCGGAGGAAUUCGGUCGAUCUAACAGUCAAUCCUAUGACGGGAGCAGUAGAUGCAUUUCUUGAACGCAUCAAUUCAGGUAUCAUCUCAAAUACGGAACUGUUACCAAAUAUAGCUUCAAGGUGUAUUGAAACUACGUCCGUAAGCUUAUCUCAAGAGAACGCCACUCGCGCAUGGCAAAUGUGCAUCAGUUUCUCACGGCAGUCCAACCAAAAAGUAAAGUGUGGAAAGUUCCUACGCUUUCUAUCACUCUGUUUCUUUCUCAUAUGGCAGCGUUACUGGCCCAAGCAGGGAAAGAGCGCUGCUCGCGAGAUCAACGCGAAAAUGCGGGAAGCUGGGUUCAGCGGGAGUUCACGCGGACUGAAGACGCUGCGGGAUGAAACGGUGCUUAUCAACUCGAUCAUUGCCUCGAUUCGGCUACACUGCAAUUUCGAACAAGCCCAGAUCAUGCAUCACAUUAUCUUCGAUACAUCUAACUACCAGUUCAUCCGCACCAUCAAUCGACUCAGCAAGGACAGGCGGGAGAGCUUUGUCAGGUACAUAUGCGAGAAUGUCGACAUACCUAGUUUAGCUGCAUAUCCUUGUAGGGCAAUCAGCGUUCAAAGCAUCAUCAAAAAAUAUCUCCCUAAUAUCUCGUAA